CGCCCCGCCGCCGAGUGGUCAACCUGGUCAGAAGUGUGUCGCAUCCAAAGGCACACUUCGAUCAGCUUGGCCUCUUCUCCCCCGCCGUCGCAUUGCUUCCCUUCUCGUUCUCUUCUUUGGACCGGACCUUCCUCUCUAGCAGAGUGAUGGACUAUACCGGUGCCAGCCAUGAAGCGCAGCAUCUCUGCGUCCUCGUUCAUGGUUUAUGGGGCAACCCAAACCACCUCGAGGCCAUGGCCAAGGCUCUUCGAGCAAAACACUCCGAGGAGAGUCUACACAUACUCGUCGCUAAGCGCAACAGCGGCAGCUUUACCUACGACGGGAUCGAGCUGGGCGGCGAGAGAGUCUGUCAGGAGAUAGAGGAGGAGAUCGAGAAACUUGCGAGAGCAGGACAAACGAUCAGAAAGAUUUCAUUAGUUGGGUAUUCCCUUGGAGGGCUUGUGGCUCGGUAUGCCGUAGGCUUACUUGAUAGCAAAGGAGUGUUCGAAAAGAUCAAGCCAGUGAACUUCACAACCUUUGCAAGCCCUCAUCUCGGUGUACGAACGCCUCUGAGAGGCUGGCACAACCACAUUUGGAAUGUACUGGGAGCGCGAACCUUAUCAGCUUCUGGCCGACAACUAUUCACCAUCGACAAUUUCAGAGACACAGGAAAGCCAUUGUUGGAGGUACUAGCUGAUCCAGAGUCCAUUUUCAUCAAGGGUCUUGCAAAAUUCGAGCGUCGAACAUUAUACACAAAUAUAGUAAACGAUCGAAGCGCAGUUUAUUAUACCACCGGAAUAUCAAAGACUGACCCUUUCACCAACCUGGACAACGUCAAGCUUAACUACUUGAAGGGCUACGAAGAUAUCAUCCUUGACCCGGCAGCUCCAGUUACUUCUAGGGACCCGGAAGAGUUUGAUUUAGCCUUCCAUGGACGAAUUCUGAAAAGCUUCAAGACUACAAUUGAUCGCCUACCAUUGCUCUUGGCUUUGAUCGUUUUCAUACCAAUUGGGGUUGUCGCUUUCCUUAUCAACUCCGGAUUUCAAUCCUUCAGAAGCAGCAGGAGGAUUCGCCUCCAUGAGAGCGGUCUGGCCGGAAUCCAAACCGGAAAUUAUCGAGUCCCGCUCUUGAUCACGGGCGUACGGGAGGCCGUCGAAGAUGCCUAUGAGAACUUGAACAGUACCCAAAGCAAUGAGUAUCUUAUGUCUGGCACCGAGGAGGAGGAGGUCGCCGCCCAGGGCAAGCCAAAUUCCCCAACGGGUGAGAGAUCCCAGUCAGUCAGAAAAAGCUCAUCUGCAAUCUCUGAUGGAGAUCCUGAAAAACCAGAAUCUCACAACCCAGACGUCCCAACGCUGGCCCUUGCGCCGUACCAAUUCCGGAUGAUCCAAGCGUUGGACAGUGUGGGUUGGCGUAAAUAUCCAGUCCAUAUUCACAAGGUCGCACACAGCCACGCUGCCAUCAUUGUCCGUACCGAGAAGCCAAGCUUCUCAGAAGGACGGGUUGUUUUCCGUCACUGGCUCGAUGAAGAGUUCAUCAUUUAACUUGCCAUUACCAGUGCUAACGAAGAAACUGACGAGUGAGCGUACUUUUAUGAUUUAGAGCGAUGCGAGCUGUCUUCGAGAGCGAUUCCACUACAUUGUACCUCUUGCGGUAUCCAGCGACGGCGUUUAUAGAAGGCGAGUCCCAAUGCAGCAUCUCUUAUUCCAGUUUUCUCCGCCCUGUAGUAU